AAAACGCCUCCUUUAAGACUGCAGCUGGGCAGGACUCCAAAGGUGCAGCAGCAGCAACAAGCCGGAGUUCAAAGUUAGCAGUAAAUUGCACAACUUCCAGCUCAUCGCUACGCUCGGUGACUAUUAACAAGCUGGAAGGCGCUCAGGGAAAAAUAUAGGGGAGAAGGGAACACCCUCGAAUUGUUUGGGGAUCGCUGAUGUUAUGCUUCUGCCGCUGGGAUCAUGGCUCCCUUUGGAAGGAAUUUAUUAAAAACACGGCAUAAAAACAGAUCUCCCAGCAAAGACAUGGCUUCAAAUGAACGAGAGAUUGUGGUGUGGGUUUGCCAAGAAGAGAAGAUUGUAUGUGGCCUGACAAAGCGCACAACAUGCGCAGAAGUGAUUCAGGCUCUGCUUGAGGAACAUCAAGCAACAUUUGGGGAGAAAAAAGUCCUCUUUGGAAAACCUAGUGAUUACUGUAUUGUAGAAAAAUGGAGAGGCUCCGAGCGAGUCCUUCCUCCUUUGACAAAGAUUCUGAGACUUUGGAAAGCUUGGGGAGAAGAGCAGCCCAAUUUGCACUUUGUGUUGGUAAAGUCCGAUGCUUUCCUUUCAUUUCCAUUGUGGAAAACAGCUGAAGCUAAGGUAGUACAAAAUAUAGAAAAGCAGUGGGAACUCAGCCCAGCAAAUUACAUGAAGAUGUUGCCAAUUGACAAGCAAAAGAAAAUUGUUAGGAAGACAUUCCGGAAACUUGCCAAACUUAAACAGGACAGUGUUCAGCAAGACAGAGAUAAUAUGGAGACACUGAUUCAUUUAAUCAUAUCUCAAGAUCAUACCAUUCAUCAGCAAGUCCUUAGAAUGAAGGAACUUGAUAUGGAAAUCGAAAAAUGUGAAGCAAAAUUCCACUUAGACCGUGUUGCCAACGAUGGAGAAAAUUAUGUGCAGGACUCAUAUUUAAUGAUCAAUCCAAGUGAGGCUGAGCAGCAAGGGAGUAGGGCAGAUGAUCAAAAAGAGAUGCAUGAUUAUUUCAGCAAAAGUGAGGGAAUUUUACAGGUUGAAGAGAGACUAAAACAUCACAAACAAUUAAUAGAGAAGCUGUGUGCUGAAAUAGAAAAAGAGGUACAUGGUAUAUGCUCAGAAAAAGAUGAAGAUGUUGUUCAUACAGAAGGAGCGACUAAUGCUCAGCUGGAAAACUCAGAUUUGGACAAUGUAAAGUAUGAGCUGGAAAAAAGUAUGAAAGAUGGUCUCAGAAUCAAUUCAUACCUGAGCUGCAUUCAGAAAGAACUUACCUACAGGGACUCGCUGCUUCAAAAGAAGGAAAAAGAAUAUGAACUUCUUACAGAAGAAUUUAAUUUACUACAUGUUAAAGACAACAUUGAAGUGAGGCUUCCAUCAAACGAGGAGCCGCCUAAGGGCAGUGGCAUCUCCAGUAACAGCACUGCAGUUCCUGAUUUUGUUCAUAGAGUGACUAAUUUGGACAUAAACGACACUGACUCUGACACUGGAAUUAGCUCUACACACAGUCAGGACUCCGAAAUAACUUCUGGGGACAUGGUACUGUUAUCAACAUAGUUGAAAACAGUCAUGAAUUUCUGAGAAGUGGUUUUUUGGAGGACAUUUAUAAGAAUAGACGAGACUUGUCUUGAAAGUUCAUCCCUUCAAUAUGUUAAAAAUGUAGCACAGCUCUAGAAAAGUAAACAGUGUCUAUGUGCUUAAAAGUGCACUUGUUUUUAAAAGCACAGAUAGACUGGAUCAGCUGUGAAUGCAUUCAUAGCUAAUACAUGCAAGGCUGUAGGCUUUGCUAAAUCCAGACAGACUGUUUAGUCUUUGUAAUAUUGAUACUCAGUGAACAGGGGCAUUCUGACUUGUU